UGGCAGGCUAACCAGAUUGCUAUUUGUCUAUUUACAAAAAGUGGACUAGUUGAAUUUGGGGACUCCAAAAACCAAAUACACUAGGCCAGCCGCCUUCGUUACGUUACAAAAAAAGUCAGAAGUUUGUUGUUUUUUUUUCUCCUUACCGUUAGAUACGAAUUUUCCCGACUUCGCCGUGCUGGCCGACCUAAAUCAUAAUAAUUGUGCAUAAUUAAGUUUUAUGAAGUUAUUCUUAACACCGGCUAGCCAGUAAAGACAUUUGCUUUUUAUUUUUUCCCCGUGAAAUGAUAUGUGACAUGGCUACUUUUUUCUCGUGAAUCGUGAAUUCGUUAGUAGCCGUGACAGAACCGUGAAAUGAGAAAUAAACGUGGAAUCAUUUCGUUGUGAACUGUUACUUUGGUUAUGUUUUCUGGUAUUUUCGGCGGCCGACAUUACGUGAUAAACACUGUUUAACCGUGAAAGCCAUCUCUGCGAUCCUUAUGCAAUAGUCUUAGUUGGAACACGGUUUUCCUUUAGCUGCAUUAUACAAAAAGAAAAGAUGUGAAGAAAUGGCGAAGAUGUUGAACAAUGCUGUGCUUUGGACUGUAAGUUUCAAAAGCUCAUUAUAAUUUUGUAAACUCGUAUGAAAAAUAUGCCCUUUUUUCCUGAACGUGAAAUGGCUAUUUCAAGAACUGUGAAAUGACCAUUUUUAUUUUCCGUGAAACGUGAUCUAGGCCCUCUCUUUAUCAUCCUCCUCCUGGUGUAUAAAGUAGUUGCUACUGACAAGAAAUCGAGGGAGAAAAAGAUUCUUUUACGAUAUUUUUAUUAUUUUCUCUAGUAGACGCACUUGAAGGCAACCUAUACUUGGAGAAAGACUUUUCCCAAAGCAAUUUUACGAUAUUUUUAUUAUUUUCUCUGGUAGACGCAUUCGAAGGUAACCUAUACUUAGAAGCACACCUUUUCCGUUAGUUUCCUUUGAACAUCUGCGUAAACUUCGCCCACGCGGCAAGACACGCGGUAACACUGCGUUUAUUCAGUGGGGUUUCUUGGCCGACAAGGCUUGUCGUGUAACUCCCAUGGAAUGUCUUAACGACAAACAUGUGUUGCGCUUAGCCAAAUACACGCGGUUACGUUAUUUAUCAAGUGAAGACACUGCCUAAUGUUCAGCUGCUGCAUGUGUACUGACACAAGGUGGGACGUUGUUCCGUGUUAGCAUCAAGCAGUCACUUUCUGUUUCUGCUGCCGAUCGAAAUGAGGAAGGCGUGCCUUGGGAUCAUUCUUGCCUUAAUCGGAAUUGCAUUCUCUCAAGCCUCUUGCUCUUCAGAAUGCAAGGACCGGAAUGGCUCGACAUUUUGCAAACAUUACAAGGGAUUAUGUGCUACUAACUUUAGCAUCAAGCAGGCUUGUCAGAAGACUUGCGGACUUUGUGAUGGCGGAGGAGGGGGUGGGGGUGGGGAUGGCGAGACCCCAAUGGAUUGUGACGUAGGUAUUGUCGGUGGAGGGCUUGCUGGGCUGUAUAUGGCUGAAUCACUCCUGAGACAUAAGAAAGAGACCAAAGUGUGUGUUUUUGAAAGAGAUACUCGCCUUGGUGGAAGAAUCUACGAUUAUGUCUUUCCUCAAGUGCCUGAUGAAUCAGUAGGUCUUGGAGCUUGGAGGGUUGACAUGGUUCAUUACAACAUGAGGAAUAUCCUCUCAAGGCUUAACAUUCCUCACAAAGAAUGGAACUUUUACUCGAAUCCUCGGACAGAGUGCAGGGGUGGUUUUUCACGAGACCAACAUGAAAUCAAACGAAAAUACUUUCCGGCUUUGACUCUGGGUAAAUUCAAAGACAUGACUUGCUCACAGAUGCUAGACUUUCUCCUCAAGAAAGAACACCGCGCCCAAAUGCACAACUUCGCGACGUUUGAAACAUUUCAGCACCACUUUCUGACGCCGGAAGGUUCCAGGUUUUACUUUGACGUCUUCGGCUACGACGGCGACCUCAAGGGCAGCCCAGAAGGCGUGGUGGAAUACUACGAACAACUAGCUAAACUCUCCGGCAAAGAGAUCCGACCUCUCAAAGGAAUGUCCGCGUUCGUGGAUGCCGUGGCCAAAUCCGCUAAGAGCCUGGGAGCGAAGAUAUUCUUGGGUGGCGACAACAAGGUUCUUUCAAUGAACAAACAGGCAAACCAGUUUGUUCUCAAGACUCCAAAGCAUGAGGUUAAAGUGGACAAGCUUGUGAUUGCAGCGCCUCCUGGCUCGUUCGGAAAAGUCUCUGGUAGCGUGGCUGAACGAAUUCAGCGCGAGAACGCUUUUCAGUCCAUUCUUCCACGGCCGGCCUUCAAAGGAGCAGCGGUCUAUCCCAGGGCGUGGUGGGACGAAAUUAUGGAUCCGAAAGACAAACUUCACCCCAUGGAGAGGUUCUUGUCAAACAGCGAUUGCCUUGGAUGGUCGUUACCUCACAGUGGGCGUGGCCAAAAUGGCGAAGCAGUUCUCCACGUGUCGUACAAAGAUGGCGCGUGUGGCGAGAAAUGGGGCGAGAUCCUCAAGUUACCUAAACAUAUUAUGGAUCAAGAAAUUCAUCGCGCUUUGGAAUACAAGUUUAACCGGAAAAUUCCUCAACCUCUGAGCACAGUCUAUCAAUACUGGGACGAAGGAGCUUGGUACCUACAGAAGCCUGGGAGCCGUGUUUCCAUGAAGCAAGUCACUGACUGGGCCAAAAGGCCAUUCCCUGGAGAGCAGAUCUAUGUUGUUGGUAGCGCAUAUCAUCCCUACCGGGGGUACGCAGAGGGAGCCAUUAUGUCGGCCAACAAUGCUUUAAACAACGGAUGGCAAAUUCCUAUACCCAGUCGUCCCCGACACUUCCAACGCAUACACAUCCCCAAGAGCUUUGCCGAAGUGGAUUGGAGGAAUAUAAGAUAGACAAGAUCACGUGAUAAGCUUAUGGGCAAAAAUAAAAUAUAAUUCCCUCUUA